UGACAAUUAAUUUUGACAGUAAAGAAAACUAAUUAAUAGAUUAAUUGAUAAACAUUAGGAAAAUAAACGAAUUAUACACAGAAAUAAUUGCACAUUCAUUCAAAUAUAACUCAAAUAUAUAAAUACGCUACUAACACAUAUAAACAAUAAAACAUGAAGGAUGCAAAGAAUUUUCCGGCUUUGAAAAAUGAUAAUUUGUUGAAAGCGGCACGUGGCGAAGACGUAGAUCGUGUACCAGUAUGGGUAAUGAGACAAGCCGGCCGCUAUUUACCCGAAUUCCAAGAAGUACGCAAGGUGCAUGAUUUUUUUACGGUGUGCAGGACUCCGGAAUUGGCCUGUGAAGUUACUAUGCAGCCAUUGAGAAGAUUCGAUUUAGAUGCUUCAAUUAUAUUUUCUGAUAUUUUGGUUAUACCCCAGGCAUUGGGUAUGACUGUGGAAAUGCAUCCGGGUGUGGGCCCAGUUUUCCCCGAACCUUUACAAACUCCUGCUGAUUUGGCGAAACUAACUCCUGAAGGAGCGGUGAACCGUUUAACUUACGUGGGAGAUGCCAUUACCAUGAUGAGACAUAAAUUAGAGGGCAAAGUACCACUUAUAGGUUUUACCGGGGCACCAUGGACUCUUAUGGGCUAUAUGAUAGAGGGUGGAGGUAGUAAAACUAUGUCCAAGGCUAAAUUUUGGCUUACUGACUAUUCAGAAGAUGCUAAGAAGCUUUUAGAAAUGCUUACUGCUUCUAUUGUCGACUACUUGGAAAUGCAAGUUAAGGCUGGAGCCCAACUUUUACAAAUGUUUGAAUCUUCUGCCGAGCAUUUAACCAAAGAAGACUUUUUAAAAUGGUGUGUGCCUUAUAUUAAGGAAAUUAAUGACAAAUUGAAACAGCGUUUAACUGACCAGGGAAUUCCUUUAGUACCCAUGACAUUAUUCGCCAAAGGUGCUGGUCACUCUUUAGCCGAACAAGCACAAUUGGGCUAUGAAGUUUUAGGUCUUGACUGGACUGUAGAUCCCGAAGAUGCCCGCAAACAAGUUGGUCCCAAUAUUACACUGCAGGGCAAUUUGGAUCCACAGGAUAUGUAUAAAACACCCGAAGAAAUACGCGAAUUAACUACAACAAUGGUGCGCAAAUUUGGUAAAACUCGUUAUAUUGCCAAUUUGGGUCACGGUAUAACACCACUAACUCCCAUUGUUAGUAUGGAGACAUUGGUCGAUGCUGUCCACAAAGCCUUGUAGAUUAAGUUUAACUUUUUGAGUAUAACGUAGAAUUGUAAUAAACUUUUAAUGGUAAUGGUUUGUUAAUUUAUAUAUAAA